UAUUUAGGUAAAUAAGUUACAACCUAAUUUCCUGAUCAAUGCCAUCUUGAGUUGCUUCGUAGCGAUUCGAUACGAGACCACAUUUCCCACAAUGCCCCCGGCGCGACUCGUUUCCGGUCUUGCGCCGUUUCUGGAGCGGAUUGGAACCCGGAGUCAGGAUUCGCUAAAUGAAGGGUCUUUUGCUGAAAAGGUUGGCAUAAUGGCUGAGCAGGUGCCAGAUGAGUUCAUCUGGUGCGAGGACUGUGGCCAGUACCAUGACUCCGAGUGUCCCGAGCUGGGACCGCUGGUGACCGUCCAGGACUCCUUUGUCCUCAGCCGGGCCCGGUCGUCUUUGCCGAACAGCCUGGAGAUCAGACCGGUGGCUGACGGGCAGGAGGGCGUGUUUGUGAUGCGCAGGCUAGUCAAAAGGACCCGCUUCGGGCCCUUUGAGGCCAAAAGGGUCCCUCACCUGGAGAAGGAGGAAGCGUUCACUCUCAAGAUCUUCCAGAACAACGGCGCGGUGGUGUGUUUCGACUCCAGCAGUGAAGAGGACUGCAACUGGAUGAUGCUGGUGCGGCCUGCCGCCGACUACACACACCAGAAUCUGACGGCUUACCAGCAGGACGAUGACGUGUACUUCAACACCUCGCAGGACGUGUUCCCAGGGACGGAGCUAAGGGUCUGGUACGGAGCUUUCUAUGCCAAGAAGAUGGAGAAGCCCAUGCUUAAGCCUCCACUUCAACCAGCACCGCCCCCAGAAAUGCCAAAGACUUCAGAGAAAUCUGGAGCCCACAUGUCCCCGGUGGCAGUAAACAACGCAGCAGACAACCUGCUGAGUCACCUGGAUGAGGGAGCGACAGCGCUCCCGGCAGAUCCGAUCCUGCCGCGAGAGGAGGAGCCCAACGAGGAGGAGGUGGGCGACCCGCCUGCAGCUCAACCGGCUCCCAGGAGAGGGCAUGGCCGAGGGAGGAGGGCUAAGGGACGCAGGCCCGGAUCAAGCAAAAGCAAAGAUGUGAAGCCCUCGGUGGCGAGCUCGAGGACGGCAGCAGAGAGCAGCGGCCUCCUGAGCCCCUCAGACGGCGGGGCCGUCCCAAAGAGACACAAAGCCAGAGAGCACAAGAGGGUGUACCGCUGCUCCCUCUGCAACAAGGUGUUCCAGAACUCCAGCAACCUCAACAGACACGUCCGCUCUCACGGCGAUAAGUUGUUCAAAUGCGACGAAUGCGACAAGUUGUUCAGCCGCAAGGAGAGCCUGAAGCAGCACAUCUCAUACAAGCACAGCAAGAAUCUGCCUGACCAGGACUACAAAUAUAAAUGCAACACGUGCGAGAAAUCCUUCCGCCUGGAAAAUGCUUUAAAGUUUCACAACUGUCGGACGGACGACAAGACGUUCCAGUGCGACAUCUGCUCGCGCUUCUUCUCCACCAACAGUAACCUCUCCAAGCACAAGAAGAAGCACGGCGAGAAGCUCUACUCGUGCGAAAUCUGCAACAAGAUGUUCUACCGCAAAGACGUGAUGCAGGAGCACCACAGGAGGCACGGCGUGGGACCAAAGCACAUGAAGAGAGAGGAGCUGGAGGCCAAUGGAGAAGAGGGGACCAGGUACAGGAAAGAGCCGUCACCCUGUCCCAUCUGUGGCAAGGUGUUCUCCUGCAGGAGCAACAUGAACAAGCACCUGUUGACUCACGGUGAUAAGAAGUACACCUGUGAGAUCUGCGCUCGCAAGUUCUUCCGCGUGGACGUCCUUCGGGAUCACAUCCACGUUCACUUCAAGGAUAUAGCCUUAAUGGACGAGCAGGAGAGAGAGGGCUUCAUCAAGAAGAUCGGCAUUUCGGCUGGCGACAGCGGCGAGACGGACGAGGAGGAGGAGGAGGAGGAUGAAGACGAUCCCGAGCACCACAAGUACAACUGCAAGAAAUGCCAACUGUCGUUUGCAAAGGGCAAAGAGUACCUACGGCACAUCCUGGAGCAGCACAAGGAGAGAGGCUACGGAUGCGCGAUCUGCAACCGACGUUUUGCUCUGAAGGCCACGUACAACGCCCACCUGGUCAUCCACAGGGAGCAGCUGCCCGACCCCGCAGUGCAAAAGUACAUCCAUCCGUGUGAAAUCUGUGGUCGGAUAUUCAAUAGCAUUGGUAACCUGGAGAGGCACAAGAUCAUCCACACUGGGGUGAAGAGCCACGGCUGCGAUAGAUGUGGCAAGUCAUUUGCAAGGAAGGACAUGCUGAAAGAGCACCUUAGGGUUCACGACGACAUCCGGGACUUCCUGUGUGCCGAGUGCGGGAAAGGCAUGAAGACCAAGCACGCUCUGAGGCACCACAUGAAGCUUCACAAGGGCAUCAAGGAGUAUGAGUGUAAAGAGUGCAAUCGCAAGUUUGCCCAAAAGGUCAACAUGUUGAAACACUACAAGAGACACACAGGUAUAAAGGACUUCAUGUGCGAGCUGUGUGGAAAAACGUUCAGCGAGAGGACGACUCUGGAGACACACAAGCUAAUCCACACAGUGGGUAAGACGUGGAUGUGUGCCACGUGCGACAAGAAGUACCUGACCGAGUACAUGCUGCAGAAGCACGUCCACCUCACACACGAGAAGGUGGAGGCUCAGUCGUGUCAACUCUGUGGGACCAAGGUGUCCACCCGGGCCUCCAUGAACCGCCACCUGCGGCGCAAGCACCCGGAGGUGGGGUCUGCGAGAUUGGAUGAGUUUGAUGAUCUUCAGGAAGCGUCGGAAAUCAACGAUUCGUCUAUCAGCAUUGUGCAGCCCACUCUGACGCUGGAAAAGGACGGCAUGCCCCAAGAGAGGCUCGGCCGACCUUUCCGCCACGCCAAGAAGAGGCAGAGAGUUCCGUCUGAGCCGGAGCUCUCAGAGUCCGACGAAUACGCUGAUUUCGCCGAGACGAGGCACGAGGCGAUGGAGUUCAGCGCCGUCAUCGUGGGCGACGAGACUGAGACCAGCUCCGCGGUGCAGAGCAUCCAACAGGUGGUGGUGCUUGCCGACUCCAGCGCUCCAUCAGCCCCUUUACCCAACAGCUCGGUGGGUAUGACCAACAUCAUCGCCAGCCACGCCCCCGCCCAGUUCACCAGCCUGCAGCCCGUUGCCGUGGGCCACCUGACGGCCAGCGACAGGCCCCUCAGUCUGGACAACUCCAUCCUCACCGUCACCUUUGACACCGUCAGCGGCUCCGCCAUGCUGCACAACCGGCCCGGCGAACUCGUCCCGGAGACGGUGGGCCCUGGCGGGGGAGCGGCUCCGCAGUCGGUCGCCCACUUCAUCAAUGUCACCACUCUGGUCAACCCCAUGGACCACCAGCUGGAGGCCCCGACUCUGGCCUGGAGGCCCGUGCCGGCGGCCGAAGGCGGCCAGGUCACCCCCUUGGCGGAGGGAGCGCAGAGAGGCAGUCAGGAGGCCCAGGGCCCGGAGCCGGGCCGGCCCAUCCAGAGCCCGCCGCCCCCCGCCCAGCAGCAGAGCGGCUCCGCGCAGCAGAUGUUCGGCUACUAGUGCAGAGACUGGAGGUGCUGGUCGCCUCAUCUCACAGACGUUGUAAUAUAGUAGAAUGGAUUUGAUCAAUGUCACCCUGAUGCCUCUCCAGCCCUAUGGAAGGGAAUGAAGUUGUAUACUGACACAAACACAGUUGCUGUCAAUAACAAUAUUUAAACAAAAGAAGGAGGGAAAUGGCACAUUUAUCCUAAUCAAUAACCCUCUUCUGAAAUGUUUACAUUUCAAACCAAAGCAGCAUGUUGAAUAUUCAGAUGCCUUACCAGUCUUUUUAAAACAUGCACGUUUUAAAGAUAAAUCUGCUGCUCAAAGUAUGAAAAUGAUCCAACCUAAAUGACACAUUUAGUGCUGUAAACUGUAUUUGCUGAUGAGCUGGAGAGUUUUGUACAGUUAUUUUUCUAACAAAAUACCUCUUUGAAAUUGUUUUUUUUGGCCUUUGUAUGAAUUUAGUUUGAAUCAGAAUCAGCUUUAUUGGCUGCAUACAUGGAAUUUCACUCCGUAUAUAUAUAUAUAUACAUACACACCCACACACAGACACACACUCCCCGGCCCCUUUUAUCACGUCCACCUUGCUAGUAAAAUAUUCUUCUUCGUGGUUACUUUGAACAAGGUGGUUUGGUCCGUAUUGACAUGACCGCAUCACGCAGUUGUUGCAGAUUUUUUGGCUGCACAUCUAAAGAUGUGGUGACUGGAGGCCAUUGGAGCACUGAACUCCAUCUCAUGUUCAAGAAACCUGUUUGAGAUGUGGGCGUUGUGACAUGGUGCAUUAAGCUGCUGGAAGUGACCAUCAGAAGAUGUGUACAUUGUGGUCAUAAAGGGAUAGACACGGUUAGCAACAACGCUCAGGUAGGCACCGGCAUUAAAACAAUGCUCAAUUGGUACCAAGGGCCUCAAAAUUCGACAAGAAAAUAACCCACACAUCAUUACACCCCCACCAGCAGAAGCCUGAACCUGAUUUAUUGAACGUGAGAAUGAGUUCACUUAACUCCAAUGGCCUCCAGGCGCCACAUCUCUAUCCAACAGAGCACAUUCGGGAUGUGCUGGAACGGGAGCUUCUCAUCCGACAACAACUGCGUGAUGCGGUCAUGUCGAUACGGACCAAACUCUCUCGGGAAUGUUUUCAACACCUUGUUGAAAACCACGAAGAAUUAAGCCAGUUCUGAAGGCAAAGGGGGGAUCCAACCUUUUUACCAGCAAGGUGCACCUCAUAAAAAGGGCUGAGAGUUUACACGACCAUCUGUCCUAUAUCGGCUCCGACCUCCAGUUUGUCCUCCAGCCAGCAGCUGACGGCUUACCAACAAACUGCAUGUGUAUGUAUAAAUUCUCCACAGUGAUUGUUUAAAAAGCUGUUCCAUCACGCGUGAACCAAUGAAUCAACAUAAACAACCAGUCAAAUCUUUUUUUACCUUCAACAGGUCUUUUAUAAUGAAUAAUAUUUACACAUAUACACAAAAUCAAAAGAGAUCACAUCAUCACAUGGAUCAACACAUCUUCAAUCCAUACAUGGGAGUAAAUAAUAGUUUAUAUAAAUAAUUAAGAAAUCCUAAUUAGUCAUCUUUUCGUAUUUUGUCUUGAAAUAGAAUCCAUUGUGGAACUAAAGCUCUUUCUUUGCUUUUAAAUCUGUGGACAAACUGUAAAUAUCUGUCAAGAUCAUUCCAGCAACUGAAAUGUAUAAAUUCUUUAAAAUAUUUUUUUGAACAUUG